UUCAUAUCCUCGACCAAUCGGAGGCACCUUUGUUGUGGCGCGUGACCGGAGGAGGCGGGAGCUCACGACCGGCGGCUUCUCCUUGCUUCUUGGGGUCGUGGCCUUGCUCCUCCUGUGGAAAGCUAGAGUCCGGGCCUGACCACGCGCUUGUGUGCGCGUGGGGCCUGUGGUGCUUGUGGGUCCGCGCUAGGUGUCUGCGGGCGCAGAAACAGAAGCCAUGGGCGGGACGGCCAGCACCCGCCGGGUCACUUUCGAGGCGGACGAGAAUGAGAACAUUACCGUGGUGAAGGGCAUCCGGCUUUCGGAAAAUGUGAUUGAUCGUAUGAAGGAAACCUCUCCAUCUGGUCCGAAGUCUCAGCGGUAUUCUGGUGCUUACGGUGCCUCAGUUUCUGAUGAAGAAUUGAAAAGAAGAGUGGCUGAGGAGCUGGCAUUGGAGGAGGCCAAGAAAGAAUCUGAAAAUCAGAAACGACUGAAGCAAAGCAAAGAACUGGACUCAGAGAAGGCUUUUGCCAGUGAGCAGUUGACCAGAGCUAUUCUUCGUGAGAGGAUAUCAAGUGAGGAGGAACGUGCUAAGGCAAAGCACCUGGAUAUUGAAGUCAAAGCUAAGCAGCUGGAAGAGAAAGAUCGAGUGAUAAAGAAGCAGGAUGCAUUCUACAAAGAGCAGCUGGCUAGACUGGAGGAGAGGAGCUCAGAGUUCUACAGAGUCACCACUGAGCAAUACCAGAAAGCUGCUGAGGAGGUGGAAGCAAAGUUCAAGCGGUAUGAGUGUCAUCCCAUCUGUGCCGAUCUGCAGGCCCAAAUUCUCCAGUGUUACCGCCAGAACACCCAGCAGACCCUCAGCUGCUCCGCUCUGGCCAGUCAGUACAAGCAGUGCGUCAAUCAGGCCAAACAGAGCAUGCUUGAGAAGGGAGGAUAAAAUCAACUUUUAGAACAAGCAGAAUUCCUUCAGCGUUAAUUCCAGAGGUGGAACAUUUUUUUUUUUCCUAGUAAGAAAGCAACUCAUUUAAAGAGAAGACCAUUAAAGAGAAGCAUCAGAGAGCAGAUUCAACAGAAGCAUAUCACAGUUUGAUCAGCAACAGUUUGAAAAGCCAAGGCCUAGAUCAGGGAUCAGCCAUCAAGGGCUUGCUACAGUGUUAAUAAAUCCAUUUAUGAUGAUUAAAAAGAAAGGCAGUCCUCUCCACCUUCUGUGGACUUUCUAUUCAACUUCCUCUUCUAACCAAGCUCCAUCAUUGGAUGAACCUGCCCUCCCACAAAGCUGGGAGUUGGGAUCGAGGGCUGAGGUCACUGGGGUGGGGAGAAGAGAAGGCCAAACCCCUCCAUCUCGGUCCAGCAGUGCUGGGUGGAAUUGGCUAGGCUGUGACAUGUUGGGUUUCUCUCUUUUUCUUUUCUCCCUUAACUAUAUAAGAGCUACUUUAUUUUAACUUAUUAUGGUGAUCAUGUAAGAAGACAAAAAGGAGAGAAAAUGUACCUCUUUUACUGGAAUAAUGUUUCUGAUUAUGAGUGAAAUAAGGCAUUUUCUAUCAACAUGAAGGCAACCUUGGCUUCUGCAACCUCUCGUCUAUCAUGAAUACUGACAUCUUUACUUCACUCACUAUCAAUAAUAAAUAUAUUUUCUGAUGAAGACUGUCACUGUA